UACACAAAUUUUCUUUGUGGAAAAACAAAAGAAGAAAAAGAAUUUCGGUUUGCCUUUUUCGUUUCCGUUCACUUCGUCGUCGUCUCGUCUUGUCUUGCAUCUGACCCCGUUGCAGAGUGGCUAUGGUUUUCUCAGCAGACUGAGAGAAAAAGAAGAGAGAAAGAGAAAACUUCUGUGCUACGAGGAGUGAGAGUAAAGUGAAGAACGCUAUAUACCACGCUUUGUACUGAAGAAUUGAGACCUAGAGUAUCUUCAUUUUACAUGGAUAAUCUCUCACAUUCCCGUCUCCCCAACAGGGGUUCUACCUCGCUUUCUAAGAAAAUCUGUAAUGGCAGUAAUGGCGGUGGUCCUUUUGUAGCUCAAACUAUCUACGACGACGUUUAUGGCGGUCCUCCUAAGUUUGGAGUCUCUGCUUUGUCUCCUCGUUUUGAAGACUACGGUGAGAUUUUCGGGAGUUUCCACGCGCUUCGUGCUUCCUCAAUUCCGAUUCUUGAUCUUCCUGCUGUCGAUGAAUCUGAGGUUUUCUUCGACGCUCGGAGCUCUGCAUUUGACUAUGCGGAGGUUUUUGGCGGAUUCGAUGGUCUGGAUUUUGCGAUUUCUUAUGACGAACUGGUUGGCUCAUCCAAAGGCGUUGAUGAUGGCUCUUCCGACGAAGCUUGGACUCCAGCAGGAACUGAAUCGUUGUCAGACUAUUCGGAUCAUUCUGGAAAUUCUCAUUGUAUGUCAAAUGGAGACUCUAAUCAGUCAUUUGGAGGAAGCACUGAGUUUUGCAUAUCAUAUAACAAGGUUAACCGAGAAAGCAAUGGAAAUAUAUCGAAUGGGAAGAUACACGUAACCCAGUUGGAGAUGCUUCCUGGAUUCUCAUAUCUGGUCGAUGAAGCAAAUCCCUCACCAAAGGCAACAGAUGAUGAUCCAUCACUGCAGACCAAUGAUGAUAACUAUCUCAAUAUAGAUUUUGAUACAGGAAAGGUGAAGGGCAAACAUCUAAGGAACACUAUGCCACCCCUACUGGACAGUAAUGACUCUGGACCGUUAUUUGAGGAUAACCUUAUUUCUCAAAAUGGAUAUGGUAGAGGUCUUUGUCGUUCUCAUGAGGAUUUCAUAACCGUAUCUGAAAUAAGCCUUAGAACUGAGCCCUCUCAAGUGCCACCACCUUCUCGACCUCCUCCCAAGUUUGCUACCAAAAACGGAGACUACUCUAAAAGGACUUUGUGUUGUGAGGAAGCUGCUUCUGAAAUAAUUUCAGAUGAUCAUUCUCUUCCUUUAUUUGAUGUGGAGGUAGAUGCUAGCUCAUCUGCAGCGGCCUCGGCUGCAGCUAUGAAAGAAGCAAUGGAAAAAGCACAAGCACAGUUACAAAAUGCAAAAGAUUUGUGGGAGAGGAAGAAGGAAUGGGUCCAUGGACGGACGAGACUGGAUUCAAAAAAUGAUAUGAGAAAAAAGGAAGAAAAAUUGACUAAGAUUCCAAAUCGAUUUAGGACUUUGGCCGAUGGAAGUGUGCAGGGUAUUGGGGAAAUUCAUGGCCAUGAAAUGGAUUUGCCUGCUAAAGAAGAGAGGCAAAAGGAUGUGAAGGCAACUGAAGUUUGUUCAGCACACUAUGGAGGAGAGGAACUUUUAACUGCUGCUGAAAAGACCUUACCGAUUAGAAGUGAGAGUAGAUUUCUUGUAUCCGAGAAUUAUGAUUACUGUAGUGAAUGGAAAGAUGCCACAGAGUUUUUUGAAUUGGCAAGAGCAGAUACAUCCGGAGAGGAAUUUGAGUCGGUGAACAACGAUGCGAUUUCCAACUUUGUCACUGGACAAAUGGGAGUAGAGACCAACAACGCAUGGGAAAACAAUGAAGAUCAAGAUAAGAAAACAAAACCAUUCCAUACAGCUCAUGUUCUGAAUGAGGAGGUGAAGAAUUUGGAGAAUAUGGUUCAUGGAAAGGAGGAAGAUAAGAUAAAACUAAAGCCAAAUAGAAACGAGACUAGGCAAAAAGAGCAGGUGAAAUUAAAUGUUCACCAAGGUGUUUGUGAUCUUGAAUCAAAUGAUAGGAAAUGUGGAGUUGCUCAACAGUUUAUGGAAAUAAAAAAGCAAAUGUUUUAUGCUAAUGAAUCAGAGAGACGUGAAAAGCCUGUUGAGUUUAGACAGCUGGACAGUGAGCUAAAAGUUGAGCAACCUGUUUUACCCAGGGAUAUUGAACAAGAAAAGAAAAAGGUUGUUGAAAGAAAGGAAAAUGGAAAUAUUCUCAAGGAGUCUCAUAGCAAAGAAAACAAUGCAAAUAAAAUGGAAGCCACUGAGAAUGAGAAAAGAGAGAUGUUCAGAGAGGCUUCCGAAAGGGAAAAAUUUGAGCAAAAAAUGAGGGUGUUUCUCAAGCAACCAGAUGCUAAGAAAAGACUGAAUUUGGUUCUUGAGGAUGACAACUUUAAGGGACAGAUGGCUCGUGAAAGACAACUGGAAGGAGUUCAUGGGAUGGAAGAUCAUGGGGAAAAGGGAAAAGAGGCUGCCGAAGUUGGAGCAAGUGAGACACCUGAAUUAGCUCAUGAGAGAGAAGAUGACAACAAUUGGCCACAAGAUUUUCAGUACAGAGAAGUAAGUGAAAAGGAAGUUGAUGAUUCAUUUCACCCUUUGAACAUUGGAGGCAUGCCAAGAGAUGUGGGUAUGUGUAAAGGGACUCCAAUGUUGGUUAAAGAUUCACAAGAUAGUGCAGAUCUCAAGGGUACAAGUUUGGAGCAUGAUGAAUUAGAGAGAUUGGAGGACAGACACAAAGUAAAUUCAACAAUAGGAUCUCAAGUACAUGUGGAAGUGAAUGAUUUGGGGAUAUCUGCUGCUGCAUUUCAAAUGAACGAUAACAAAGACCACUUACCUAUGGGACUAGCAUGUCCAACUGGAAUGUCUGGAGAAUUCUCCGUUGUAGAUGACAGUGGAGAGAGAAAGACUACACUCACAGUUAAUGAAACUUCAUCAGGAAGUGGUGGAACUGAAAAUCUUCAAUUUAACAAAAAUUCUUGUGGGCCGAGUGUGUGCCAGGCAGAGGUAGAACAGCUUAAAGUUCCAGUUGAAAUGGAAGAUGCAGAUAUUCAACUUUCUUUUGAUGAACUAACUAAAAGAGCGGCGAUAGAAACACACUUUCAACACAAAUUUGGACAUAUACAAUCAGAACCAACUAAUUCAGAAGUUGCACUUUCAUCUGAAAACUCAACAAGCAUGGACGUGGGAGAGAAUGUAGUUAAGAUGGAAGAUAUGAAGACAUCACUUCCUCUGGAUAGAAGUGACGAGAAAGCAGGCCAGGCUGAUGUUUGCAUGGAAGAGUUUGUAGGAAGAAAGAAGUUUGUUACGAGAAUGGGUUCUGAUCCUGAACAUCCAGAAAGUAACUUGUUCUGUUGUAUGGAAGAUAAAGUGAAGUCCUCUGACAAGGUUGAAGACAAGGGACAGAAAGUGUCAGUUCAGGGGGUCAAUGUAAGGGCUGAGAAAGGAAGUGGAUUGAAGUCAACUUGGUCAAAUAUUUCAGACAGGACACAGAAGAGUGGGGAAUUCUCCCGUGAGGUCAAUGGAAGUCAGGCCCCAGAAAGAAAGGAAAAUUUUGUAAACCAGAGCCAUUCAUCUAAAGGGAAAGAGAGUGAGAGAGUGAGAAGUGAAGCAGAAUUUGAGAAUGACAUUCUUCGAAAAUUGGAAGAAGAGAGGGAAAGGGAAAGAGAGAGAGAAAAGGAUAGAAUGCCUAUUGACAGAAUUUCUCUUGAGCCACGAGAUAGAGUAGGUGCCGAAACUCGUGAAAGGGCAGAAAGGGCUGCUUUGGAGAGGAUGACUGCUGAAGCCCGACAAAGAGCAUUGGCUGAUGCACGUGAAAGAUUGGAAAAGGCAUGUGCAGAGGCGAGAGAAAAUUCAUUGGCUGGGAAGGCGGCAACUAUGGAGGCAAGGGUAAAGGCAGAGCGUGCUGCCGUAGAAAGAGCAACUGUGGAGGCCAGGGAGCGAGCUGCGGAGAAAGCCAUGUUUGACAAGGCUUCCUUUGGAGUGAGGGAGAGAAUGGAAAGAUCUGUUUCUGACAAAUUCUCUGCUUCUUCCAGGAGUAAUGAAAUGAGACAGAAGUCUUCAUCGUCCGGUCAGCCCAGCCUACAAUCUCAGAGCUUUGGCUCUGCCACUGCUACAAGAUAUGCCUACUACUCGGCUUAUGAUGAGAGGAAUGAGGGUGUUGAUGGUGAAUCGCCUCAAAGGUGUAAAGCCAGAUUAGAGAGGCAUCAAAGAACAGCAGAACGUGCAGCAAAAGCUCUGGCAGAAAAGAAUAUGCGUGAUCUUCUGGCACAAAGAGAGCAAGCUGAGAGAAAUAGAAUAGCUGAGACAUUGGAUGCUGAUGUUAGGAGAUGGUCAAGUGGGAAGGAAGGAAACUUGCGUGCCUUGCUUUCUACAUUGCAAUAUGUACGUUUAUGUCUGACUUGGUGUCCUGCACUAACUCUGUUGUGCUACAAUUUAAUCUUGUGGUGGAUUUUCAAGAUCCUUGGACCUGAUAGUGGUUGGCAGCCAAUUCCCUUAACAGAAGUUAUAACCGCCGCUGCUGUAAAGAAAGCUUACAGGAAAGCCACUCUGUGUGUUCAUCCAGACAAAUUGCAACAACGGGGUGCAAGUAUUCAGCAAAAGUAUAUAUGCGAGAAGGUCUUCGAUCUACUAAAGGAAGCUUGGAACAAAUUCAACUCAGAGGAGCGGUAGCCUGAGGUCAUAGUGUAAAGAGAAAUUAGUGAAUCUACCACUUUUUGGCCACACCCCGUGUAACUUUAGUAGUGCCGGUAAGUGUAGACCUCAUGCUCAUCAAACAUGUAUAGUUUUUGUAUUCCACUCUUAAAGUCGAAAUGGAAUCAUAGUGAAUCAAUUUAAAAGUGAAUGAAAUAUAGAGUCAUCUUGUUUGUAUA